GAAGAGAUGGUUUCAAAAAAAAUCAUCAUCGCUGUUGUGGUUGUUGUCGCGCUGUUGGUGAUCGCAGCCAUUGUCAUUCCAACAACUAUUGUGUUGACAAAGAGAAAGAAUGAUAAUAAUGAAGAGAAUAAGAAACCAAACUUUGAGACAUUGUUUGCACAAACACAUGUCAUACCCGCACAAGGCCUCAAAUGGAACUUGACUGGCACCGACUCUGCUCUCCAUCUCGUUGGCAACAGACUGACGAUGCUCAUGAUCAAGCCGAUCAAGAUGAAGCUCGACCCUGACGCACCCCCACCCUACGUCGCCUUCUUCACGCCCAAUGCAACAUGGACCGUCAACAACACCGAGCACGUCGAGUACGCCACCUCGAUCCAGUUGAACCCGCCCAGCACCCUGCCCUCAGUCGAGUCCAAUGGCACCGCCAUCUACGAGAACACAUACUGGUUGAACAUCCCUGCACAGUACGUCGUGCCAGGCGUUAAGAUCGUCGUCAACAACAAGACAUCCGAUGCUGUCUAUCCCUUGGUCGGCUGGAACUCAACGUUCAUCCUGGACCUGCUGCCCUUCUACAUGUUUGGCGCCAACGACACCAACUCAAUCCCCUACAGCAAGGCAAGCAACGUGACCGAGUUCACCUACGACUCGAUCUACCAGACCUGGCCCGUCUCCAAGCUCAUCAUCAAGAACCACGACAUUGGUAUCAUGAGCCUCCCAUCGAUGAUCAUCUCGUCAAACGGUGCACGCCCAGCCUACAAGCUGACGGGAGCCGCUCAGCUCAAGGAUGGCUACGACAUGAUGGGUGAGAUCCUUGGCAUUCUCAGUGGCCUCCGUGCAGCCAACGGCGAUGGCUCACUCAACUACAUGAUGUACGUGCCCCUCGUUGCCAUGAACCAAACAGGUGCACCCAACCGCUACAGUGGCCCUGGUGGUGGUCUUGGCUCCGUCGGUGGUGGUGUAUGCGUUGGCGACUCAUCCUACUCUGGUAUCUUCAUCCACGAGAUGGGACAUGCCUUUGGUCUUCCACAUGCUGGCGAAGCCUACCCCGAGGGAUACCCAUACGUCAAUGGAAGUUUGCUUGGCUCACAGCCAGGCUUUGACUUUUUGUCCAACAACUUCAUGUCAAUCUACGCACCAACCAACUCUAGCUACUACUCCACUUGCAAGAAGUCUGCUGUGAUUGAUGAUGGCAAGUGUGUUCGUCAGGAUCCAAUGCAGGGUGGCGCUGGCUACCAGGUCCGCGGCAAGCCAUUCACAAUGUUUGCCGACUACAACAUUGGUCGCAUGCAGAUCUGGCAAGGCACCAACAUUGUCUACGACGAGGCCAACGACAAGUACUUGUUCUGGAACAACAUUGAGCUAAGGUACGAUGAGUACAUCAUCACCAACAACUCAAAGAACUCAAUGGACAGCGGCUUCCCCUACAUCCGCAACAGGCCAAUGUACACGAUCAUGAUGCAUCUGAUCACCGCCGACACGUCCCCAUGCACCGACUGCUCGAUCAUCUACCCCGUGUUCAAGAGAAUUGGCAACCUUCGACGCUGGAUCGAUCCGAGAGACCAGUCUCAGUUGGACCUGAUCGUGCCCAACAGGGGCACGUUCCCAUGGUGGUGCCACGGCAGUGGAUGCGACUACACAAUGCGCGUCACCUACGCUGAUGGCUCCAUGUGGGUCAAGCUGCUUCAGACCGGUCUGAGGAAGUCAAACACACCAAUGAGUCCAGACAUCUACGAGUCGUACACCAAUCCAACCAGUGGCUACAGCACCAAGUUCAUCGUUGAGAACUGUCCAGGUGACAAGGUACUCAAGAAGGUGGAGUUACUCUGGACACCCUACGGCUACAACACAACGAUGCCAGCCAAUCCCAAGGUUAUCAUGUCACAAGCAUACUAA